AUGGCUGCUUUAGGCCCUCUCGCUCAACUUUUGGAUGCAAGUCUUGAUCCUAGACAAAACAAAGAAGCGGAACUCAAAAUUCGAGCCGAAGAGAAAAAGCCUGGCUUUGCUCUCCUCCUACUCCAUAUCACCGCCUCGAGUGAUUUCCAGUACAAUACGAGACUUGCGAGUGCCCUGUUCUUCAAAAACUUCAUAAAGCGCAACUGGACUGAUGUUGAGGGCAACUACAAACUUCCUCAACAAGACGUCACUGCUAUCAAGACUGAGAUCGUGGGUCUCAUGAUCGCCGUCCCCAGAGGUAUUCAAACACAGCUAGGUGAGGCUAUCAGCGUAAUUGCCGAUAGUGACUUCUGGGAGCGCUGGGACACCCUGGUGGAUGAGCUCAUUUCCAGACUCAAAAAGGAUGAUCCUAUCGUCAAUGUUGGAGUGUUGCAAGUUGCACACUCAAUAUUUGCAAGAUGGCGGCCUCUAUUCCGAUCUGACGAACUAUUUACCGAGAUCAACCACGUGCUUUCUAAGUUUGCCCAACCUUUCCUCACCCUGUGGCAGAAUCUCGAUGCCCACAUCGGAAUCCAUGGCAAUGACAAGGUUGCUCUUGAGAAUGCGUUCACCGAGCUUGACCUGGUCAUGCAAUUGUUUUAUGACCUCUCUUGCCAAGAUCUAUCCCCCAUCUUUGAAGACAACCUUCAAGGAAUCUCUGGCCUACUUUUGAAGUACCUUGAAUACGACAAUAGCCUUCUCCACACCGAUGACGAGUCGGAAGCUGGCCCGCUUGAAAACAUAAAAGCCAAUAUUUUCGAAGCCUUGACGCUCUACAUUGGCAAGUACUACGACGAUUUCUCAAAAUACGUUGGUGGUUUUGUGGGAAGCUCGUGGAAUUUAUUGACCAAUACUGGGCCCGAGCCGAAGAAUGAUAUUCUUGUUAGCAAGGCUCUGCAAUUUUUGACAUCCAUUGGUGGCAUCAAACAGCAAGCACAGACUUUCAGCGAUCCGAAUACCCAAACUCAAAUAAUUGAGAAGGUUAUUCUUCCAAAUGUGGCGCUACGAGACUCUGAUGUUGAAACCUUCGAGGAUGAACCGAUCGAAUUCAUUCGUCGAGAUCUCGAGGGUUCCGACAGCGAAACUCGCAGACGAGCGGCCGGAGAUUUCCUUCGCCAACUCAGUGAUCAAUUCGAACAAUCUGUGACCGGAAUUGCCAUGACUUAUGUCCAGAAAGCUUUGGACGAAUUCUCACGCAACCCACAAGAAAAUUGGAGAGCCAAGGAUAUGGCUAUUAGCUUGUUUUUCGCACUGGCAUCCAAAGGCGCUACCACCUCCACUCACGGGGUCACAAAGACAAAUGGCCUGGUGGAUAUUGGCGAUUUUUUCUCCAAGAAUCUCGCUCACGAUCUGCAAGACGAAGAUACCCACCCCCUGCUCAAGGUCGACGCGAUUAAGUACCUGUACGUUUUCAGGAGUGUCAUCACAAAAGAGCAAUGGCAGCAAGUUAUGCCUCUUCUCGUCAAUCAUCUCGGAAACUCUAAUUAUUGUGUCUACACAUAUGCAGCAGUAGCAGUAGAGAGGGUACUGGCCAUGACUGACGACACUGGCAAAUCCGUGAUUGAUGCAUCCAAUAUCGCACCCCUCGCACCAAGUCUACUGGAGCACCUCUUUAGCCUAGUGGAGAAAGACCGAGCUGCAGAAAAAGUUCAAGAAAAUGAGUUCCUCAUGCGUUGCAUCAUGAGAGUACUGAUAGUGAUCAAAGAAGGUAUCUCAACUGUGGCUCAGAGUGUACUACAACACCUUACAAACAUCACGACGAUUAUAUCUGCCAAUCCCAGCAAUCCCAGAUUCUACUACUACCAUUUCGAAAGCUUAGGCGCCUUGAUCAGAUUCACAGGAGCAGCCCAGUCAGAAGCGUUAGGGUCUGUUCUCUUCAAUCCUUUCCUCGCCAUUCUCUCUGGUGGUGUGGAAGAGUUCAUACCUUAUGUAUUUCAGUUGAUGGCAGCAUUGCUUGAAGCCGAGCCAUCGAAACCACUACCCUCGCAAUAUCAACCACUGAUUGCCCCAAUCAUUGCCCCAACUUUAUGGGAACAGCGUGGCAAUGUACCAGCCUUGGUGAGACUGCUCUGCGCGAUCAUUGUUCGAGCCCAAGAACAAUUGAUCAGUGGUAAUCAGGUCGAACACGUUCUUGGGAUCUUCCAGAAAUUGGUUGCAACAAAGGUCUACGAAGGCUAUGGGUUUGACUUGCUCGAGAAUGUUAUUUCGAAUUUCCCACCUCCUGCGCUGGAGCAAUACUGGGUACAUAUCCUGAACAUCAUGCUCUCGCGUUUACAGAAUAAGCAGACGCAGACUUUUACGUCAAGAUUCAUCAGAUUUUACCAUUUUGUGUCCUCGCGAGAUGAUAAAGGGCUGGGAACGGACUUCUUCAUUGCAGCCACAGACCGGGUACAGCAAGACGUCUUCCGCCAGUUGUAUCUGAGCAUCAUCCUUCCCAAAACACAAGAACUGGCGCGGCCUCUUGAUCGCAAAAUCGCAGCCAUCUCAUUCACCAAAACCUUAGCCAAUUCCGAGGCUUUUGUCACCCGAUAUCCAAAGGGCUGGCCGCUGACUUGCAACGCUUUGCUCAAAUUGCUUGAAGACCCACCUCUACCACCAAAGGCUGAUGAUCAUAUUGCCGAACUAGAUGUUGAGGACUCUGGCUUUGGUGUUGGUUUUACACAGCUCAACACAGUUCGGCCACCAGUCAAAGAUCCAUUCGCCGACGUGAUAGAUCUGAGAAAAUGGGUGGGCCAUUAUCUCAAAGCAGCAGAUCAGCAACAUGGUGGCAGAAUUGGGGAGACUGUCAACGAGACUCUGAGCGCUGAUGCAAAGAAGGUCUUGAGUGCUUACAUGACUCUCUGA